GAGGAGAUGUAGAGGCGCGAGAUGCAGGAGGUGUUGGGCCCGGAACAGCAGGCGUUCGGGGCCGAGGUCGACGCCAGCGGGUCUUCGCAACCACUCCCAGACCCACAGCUAAGUAUAACCUCGCCAAUCGGGCAGAAGUCGAGUGAUGUGGAAGCAGUACCGAUGACGUACAAGGAUGUGAUAUGUUCCAAGUACAAGGUUUUCUGGGAGGCGGCCAUGGAGGAAGAGAUAGAUGGCCACGACAAGACUGGAACCUUUACCAAGGUCAAGGAGCUGCCCGAGGGGCGGAAGGCCAUAGGUUCAAAGUGGGUGUUCUCUUGGAAGACGAAUGAGAAGGGCCUGAUAGUCGACUUCAAGGCCCGUAUGGUUGCGCGGGGUUUCUCUCAAAUCCCCGGCAUCGACUUCCACCACUCAUCCUCAGCGUGCCCGUCUGCAGCGUUCCCGGAAGGCUGUGGUAGCAUGUCCGGCAAGGUGGUCAAGGUUGAGCGUGCCCUGUAUGGCCUAAAGCAGAGUGGCCGUGAGUGGGGGUUUGAAGCUGCCUAUGCCCUCAUCGAGAAUGGAUACGAGCAGUGCAGGGUUGACCCGUGUGUCUUCCGGAAGGUGGUGGAUGGAGAGGUCAUCGCGCUUGUGCGGAUCGUGUCCUGCCUGAACUUCACGAAGGACUUCGGCAUCACCUACGAACGGGGGUCAGGACUAGACUUAAGCGUGUUUGUCGAUGCCAGCUACGCUAACAACGAAGUAGACAGGCGUUCUACGACCGGGCUAGCUGUGACCGUAGGUGGUACCGUAGUGUGUGCAUCCACCAAGACGCAGCCAGUGACGGCUCAGUCGACCUCGGAAGCAGAGUAUAUGGCAGCCGGGGAGGGCGUGAAGGAGGCGUUGUUUGUGCGUGGCGUUCUGUCGUUCAUAGCGCCCGAGACGAGUGGGGCGAAGAUCAAGGUCCUUGAGGACAACAAGGGGGCUCUCGCCUUAAUCGAGAACCCGUUCAGCUCAGCGAGGAGCGAGCACAUCGACGUGCGGUUCCAUUUCAUUUGCGAGCUAUUCAAGUCGGGCAAGAUCGCUGCAGAGUAUGUUCCGACUGGAGAGCAGCACGCCGACAUGCUGACCAAGGUCUUUGGCAGAGAGAAGUUAAAGUACCACCAGAAGGCUCUGAUGAACCUACCGAUGUAG